AUGGACAAAUAUGGUGACGAAAACUUGGUGUAUCAUUGGCGUAAGUUACAUACUGUGAUGCUAGAUUUUACUGCUCCGACGUUACCUGGAUUGAUGCUUGGUCCAUUUUUACGUCAUUGGAAGCGUCCUGUAUUUGUUUGUGCAAAGUCAUUAGACGAGGGAGACUUUGUUGUGUCUGGCCCUGAUCGUCAAAUUCCUCCAUCUGAACCUCUUUUGGAAGUCUUCUCUAUCGAAUCUGGUUUUUGCCGUUGUGAAAAUAAGGUACUGAACAAACGUUUGAGUGAAUGCUUUGGUGGGUACGUCCCAAAGAAAAUCAAACUUGAUAUUGCUAUUGGAAUGUAUGAGGUACUAAUGGCAAACUGUGAUAAUGGAGAGGUCAAUUUGUUUGGACGUAAUUUGUUCCGAUGUGCUAGGGAAAUUGGUAUCACUUGGAGAAGCCGUGUUUAUUUUCAAUAUAUAGGAAAUGAUACCAUGACAUGCACAAAUUUUGGCGUGUAUGGUUUUCAAAGUGUUCUACCAACGCCCUUCACUCCAUUUCUAUUGCGUUGCAGUUUCAGAGUUAACGAUGAUUCAUUCGAAUGUUUCAGUGUGGUUCCUACCAGUUUCGUGCAAUCAAUUACUAUGGCGAAAACAGAGUUUGUAAUUGUUCAAUUCGGAGGAAGCAAUUAUGAGUUUCGAUGGGAUUCGGAUUUGACUAGCACUGGUUUUCGUGGAUUCCACUGGAGGAAUUUCAUAAGUUUUCAUAAGCUAAAUGGGAGGCACACUUGUUUGCUCACCUAUGUGUAUGAGACCUCCAUCCUCCUCGAUAUUUUUUAUGACCAUGGAUUUGAUAUUAUAGUCCUGAUUGUCACUCUCCGAUGGAUUCGAGAAUAG